AUGAAGACUUCUAACGAAAAUAAAACUAAUAGAAAAGCUUGGACAAACCAAGAAGAUGACCAACUACGACAACUAUUUUCUAUGCAUAAGCGAAAAUGGCGAGUCAUUGCCUGUGCAAUGAAAAGCGGUCGAACUGACAAACAAGUACGGGAUAGAUGGGUCCAUCACCUUGACAGGAAUAUUAACCUGUCGCCCUUAAGUCCCAUAGAAAAAAAAAUAAUCGUCGAAAAAUGUCGUACAAUUGGCCAUAAAUGGGCUGAGAUUGCUAAAUGCUUGCCCGUGAGUGGGCGAACACCGCUGAUGAUCCGCAAUUAUUGGCACAGUCAGAAUCGUCAAGCUUUUCACCGUAUUCGAGAACGUAUGUCUGUAAGUAUUCUGUUAAAUUAG